AUGGUCAGCCAGGUUGAAGAGGACAUCAUUGAAAAUGAUUUCAUAAUCUUAAAAUCCCUAGGCUCUGGUUCAUUUGGGGAGGUGAAGCUUGCCUGCCACCUUCCUACAAAUACAAAGGUUGCUGUCAAGGUACUUGAGAGAAAUCAAAAUUCUGUGAAUGUCAUCACCUCUGAAGUAGAGAUCCUUCAGUCUUUGGAACACAGAAACAUUGUUAGAUUUUUCCAUGUCAUGGACACACUAAAAUUAACUUAUGUGGUCAUGGAGUAUGUGGCAGGAAAGGACUUGGAGAUGUUCCUUAGGGACAUUGGAUAUCUAAAGGAGGAAGAAGCUAGACCAAUAUUCCAACAGGUAGUGAAAGCAGUACACUUUCUCCACCAAAGACAAAUUGCACAUCGUGACAUUAAAUUGGCAAAUAUCCUUAUUGACAGAGCUGGAAACAUCAAGAUUUGUGAUUUUGGGAUGGCAAUUCAGGUCAAAGAGGGGCAGAUGUUGACGAAGGCCUGUGGCUCUUUGUAUUAUAUGGCUCCAGAAAUCAUGGCAAGGACACCCUAUGAUGGGCUGGCAGUGGAUAUGUGGAGCUUGGGAGUGGUCCUAUAUGUACUGGUGACAGGACAAUAUCCAUAUUUUGAAACCGAAGCUCAUGCUUUAUACAGUCUCAUCACCAGCACAAAGUUUGCCAUUCCCUACCACCUGUCCAAACCCUGUCAUAUCAUCAUUGCCCAAUUACUAAAGGUCAACAACCUGCACAGGAUAACAAUAUGUCAGCUCCUGGAAAGAUCUUGGCUGAGUCAUAAUGAAGAGCAUGCAGAACCUGCAAGUAAAAAUAUCGUAUCCAGGGUCAUGGCGACUAUGAAAACAAUUGGCUAUACCUGUGAAGAGAUUAUGUCAUCGCUAAGACACAAGCAACCAAAUAAUAAAAUAUCAGCGACUUUCAAUAUUCUAAAACACAAGUUGAGCUGUGAAGACAGUCAUCAUCACAAUGAGAGGCCCUGGUUGAUCAGCAGACCUGUUCAUGCUUUACCACCACUUCUCCCCUUGAAGAGGAGAGCCAGUGAACCAGCCUUUCCAUCAAUUAUAGAAACAGGGAAAAGGCACUUUCAGUGGGAUGGUAUGAAAGAAAGAGUAAAGAGUUUGUGA